AUGGCGUCUCUGCUCAGCCUGUACGGCAGCGGCGGCCGGAGGAGGAUGAGCCGCGAUAGUGGCACGGCGGCGCUGGUCAGGCGGCUGUUGAGGAGGCUGAGGUCCAGCUUCGUCCGGAGCACGGCGCGGCCGAGGCGAAGCGCGGUCAGGUUCGGGUACGACCUGCACAGCUACUCCCAGAACUUCGACGAUGGCGUUGUUGCCUCGUCAGCUCCGGCGUCCACGGCUUGUGCGUAG